AUGUCCUCCGCGGAGGUGCAUGAUGGCGCUGUGGGGUGCCCCAAGCGCUCACGUCAGCGCGGACAGCGCUUAUCGCCGGCAGACGCGGGCAAGACCGACACGCUGCAGGUGGUGUCAAGAGCAGACAAGGCGUACAGCAUGCUGGAUGACGGGGACAUGUCUGUCGAGCAGGAGGACGUGCUGGUCGGCACUGUCUGCUCCCUGCACGACUACUGUCACUACCUCACCGGGUGCGGUGGCCUCGAAGAUGGUGAAGCUGCCGAUAUCGCGGAUGAGGUAGCGCAUCUCUCGCCGUCGCACAAGGGCCAGGUCACCACAGAUUCGCCCGCUUCCAGCGGCCGAAGCGCACACGUGCCCGAGACAGCAUCCGACCGCGUCAGCGGCGCGGCAGGUGUCUCGCAUUGCGUCCCUGCUGACGCCGCCGCGGCUGCCUCAUCGCCGCCGUCCUUCCCACCGCCGAAGAUCAAUGCACCAGCCUCUGCAAACAUGUUCCGUUUCACGCCGCCGCUGUCACGGGGUGCGGAGACGACAGGCCGAGGGAUGUGUUCAACGAGCUUAUCGAAGCGCUGGCAGGUUCUGGGAGACGACGAUGGGGGCAAAGCCGUUUUACCAGGAUCGGAUGCGCAGCAGCGGGUGCGCAGCAAACGUGGCACUGCCACUGCAGGUAUCCGUCCGCACCGGCUGUAUGAGGACGUCGGCCACCAGUACUGGAGCCGCAUCGCAUCCAACGCGUUCCUCGAGGAGAAGGUGCGUAUCUGUCGGUGCUCGCACGAGCCCAGCAGAACGACCGCCGCCUUUUCCUCUGCGCACCCGCCGGCACCGCCGCCACGCGUACACGUCGCUGCGCCUAUGCCCAGGCGUCAAGAGCAAGCGGCACAUCGUCGACGCGAGCGCGCUGCACCGACAACAGACGCGGGGGUGUUGCCUCUCUCGUCGACGUCUUGUGCCGCCCUGUCGCCGGCGGCGUCCGACGCUCUGGGCGUGGGCUGCACCGCAGCAGCCCUAUCUGCGUCGCACAGCGUCGGUGUCUUACUGGCGCACGAACACGAGUGGACCUACUUUAGCGUACUGUUCCACACCCACGCUGCGCAGUUUCCGCGGAGAUCGGCAGAGUCCGCUGCUGCGAGACUGGCUUCCCACCGCAGCCUCGACCUCUCGUAUGUCUACUGCUUCCUGGACCCGCCGUGCCGCCUGUACACCGAGGAGCUGGAGGAGUGGGCGCACGCGGCACGGGAGCGACGGCGCGAGCGGGAGUGGGUGCGCGAUGGGCGCCACAUUCGGCAUGGUCCGCCGCCGUCGCCGUCAUCUGCUCACGGCGCUCCCGCACGGACUCACCCGACUGCGUCACGACUCGGCCGCGGCGCAGAAGCCUCUGGUCGUGGGACACUCGUGGCCAGCGAGCCUCUCUCCCCAAGCGCGGCGCCGAUGGCGAGUCCACACACGUGGCUUGUGUAUGUGCACCCGGACGUGGCACUACAGACAUUACCGCGGCUGUGGGCAUGCGCCUUUGGGGAGGACGCGUCAAACAACAGCGGCGGCGGCGGCGGGUCGGGGCAGGCGGCGUUCGAGUGCGGCACGACACGGGUACUGGAUGGCCGCCAUGAGGUGGAUGGCGACUGCAAGGAGUGGGUGGGAGUGAAUGGGGGUGAUGUCGGUCUGCCCUCGUGUUUCUAUGCGGCCGUGUCGCAAAAACGGCGACGACAGGCGGCUGAGGUGGAGAUGGUGUGCCGCUAUCUUCUGCCGACGACGCCACCGCCGCGCAACGCGUCCUCUGCGCUGCUCGUUCACCCGGCCGAAGUCCCCGUCCGUGCGCGGGCGCGCUCUUGUGGCCGUCCAACAGCGGCAGCGUCGACCAAAACUUCCCCAGCAACGACUUCUUCGACGUCAUCCACGGCGGCCGUGCUGAGGUCUGACGCGGUCCCACAGCGACUGCCCACCUCAGCAACGGGAUUGCCUCCCGAGGACGAUGGACACGGGCAGCAGCAGCAGCGGCAGGAGCUGGCAUGCUCGCUGCUGGUGUCGCCACUGCCACGCUGCACGGACCUUAUCAAGCAGCGCCGCUGGCUGGGCAAGCCGUUUGUGCUGGCGGAGGAGCUGAAGUACGGCCGCGUGGUCAAGUACAGCCACGCACAACAGGCGGCGCCGCGCGUGGUGUGA